AAAAACCCAACAGGAAGUGUCAUCUGGCCGCUAAUAUUUCUAGCUCCGUGUGAGUUUUUAUUAGCCAGCAAAAUAUAACUCCCUCUUUAAAUGCUGCUCUUUUUAUCAAACGCACCGUUUGUUUAGCAUACAUAGGCACUCGGGUAACCAGACUGUGCUCACAGCUUCACUGUCUUUCUGCCCCUUUUGUUUUGUUAAAUGAGCCCAGCUGUCAAACAGAGCUAGCCAGUUAGCUUGUCGCGGCUAGCCGGUGUAACGUUAAAGCAGGUGGACGCGUGCAGCUUUUACAUGUUGACCACAUCACCUCAGCACAGAGAUCACUGAUGGCAGCCCGGCAACCCUUCACAGACACGGACACUUCCGACGAAGCAGUGAGGGCGACCUGUGACGAUGCAACUACAUGCAAAAGGUUUGCAACCAGUAAGGGCUACUGGAAGGAUCCCUACAUCCAGUAUUUCGCAAGAUCUGUGGGGGAGCGGAAGGCACCUGAAAUCAAUAGAGGUUACUAUGCCCGUGUUCAAGGAGUUAACCAUCUCCUCGAUGCGUUUAUAAGGAAAGCAGAGUGUAACUGUCAAGUCAUCAACGUGGGUGCUGGACUGGACACCACGUUUUGGAGACUAAAGGAUGAAAACCUCAUGCCACGGAAGUUCUUUGAAAUUGACUUUCCAACAGUUGUGGCCAGGAAAAUACACAACAUAAAGACAAAGCCUCCCCUGUCCAAACCUCUCAUUGAAACCCACUCAACAGACUCCUUACUACUAGACGCCCACAGCCUUGACUCAGACCGAUACUGCAUCAUCGGGGCAGACCUCCGAGACAUCUCUAAUUUGGAUGAAAAACUGAAGAAGUUCCAGCUUAAUCCAGAAUUACCCACAUUGCUUCUGUCAGAGUGCGUGCUGGUCUACAUGACGCCCUCCCAAUCCUCCAAUCUAGUCCACUGGGCAGCAGAAACCUUUCACACUGCCAUGUUCAUCAACUACGAACAGGUGAACAUGAGCGAUCGAUUUGGCCAGGUCAUGAUUGAGAACCUGCAGCGUCGCCAGUGCACCCUGGCAGGAGUGGAGGCCUGCCAGUCUCUGGACACUCAGAAGGAGCGGUUUCUGAAGACAGGCUGGGAGCACGCCGAUGCUCUGGACAUGAUGACAGUUUACAGCAUGCUGCCCCAGGAUGAUGUGGCAAGAAUUGAGCGUCUGGAGUUCCUGGAUGAGAGGGAGCUGUUGCAACAACUUCUUCAACACUACAGCAUCUGCUGGGCCACCAAGGACAAACUUAACCUGGGUCUGUCACAGUUGGUGUUUUGAGUGUGAAAUCGCUCUGCUGUUGGACAAGAUUUACGUGUGUGUACGCCAAAAUCAACAACAGGAGAAGAUGCGUAAAGGGAGGCGUUGGGAAAGAGGAAGCUCUCAUUCUCCAUCAAGUCCCCGGUUGGGAGCUGUUCCGGUGUGAAAACUCCAUGCAUCAGCAGAAUGUGGUUUCAUAAGCGCCCUUUGUAUCCUGGUACAUGUUGAACAUGACUGCCGUGAGGAGUUUUGUUGCUACACUAGCACUGAAUAAUAACUGUAAAAUGGAUCAUGUUUGUUUUUAUUAAUUUGCUUAAGGGCAUAUUUUGUCAAAAGUAUUGUUUAAAAAUCAUCUCACAUGUGUGAGAGAUGAAAGAAUGUAUGACGUCUGAAGCAUUUUACAUGUCAUAUUUUUAAUUUUAUUUAUGAAUCAGUUGUACACGUCAGACGCGUUUUCUUUCUAAACGACUUGCAUGUGAUAGAAUUAGUGUCAAACUGCAAGAAAUGCAUUCAUUUGCCCGUAAAACAGCUUCCAUCGUUGAGCUUACCUUCAAACAGCAACAGAGGACAUGACAGAUUAAUUUGUGACAGAUUAUAUUUCGUGAAUGCUGGUGAGGUGCAGUUGAAUAAAAAAAAAGUUCAUUUUG